AGUCUGGGACCAGGACUAUCAUGAUCACAUUCCUCCUGCUCUCAUUGCUCUGCCACAGCUCUCAGGAUGGAGACACAGGAGAACAGGUUGUUCUGCAUUGUGGACCGAAGAAUCUGAAGCUGAAGUUGCUGAAGUCCUGCGACCAGACGCUCGAGGCCACGUGGGAAGACGACCCAUCAUGCUCUGCUGUGGAGGAGGAGCUUGUCUAUCAGCUGCUGGUUCUGGUCGGAGACGAGCAAGUUCAUCACGAUCUCGUGACCGUGACGCCCGAGCAGAUCGGAUCCUCUCACCUCUGGACGUGGACGUCCCACGUGACCUUAGAGUGCGAUUCGCCCUCGGUCAUCCUCAGUGUCCGAUACAGAAACUACACAAGCCCCAGGAGACAAGAAGGAACCGUCCCAGGAAUGACAAACUGCAAAGACCCAGAGGUUUAUCCACGAGACCAAGUGUUUGAGGUCGGCAGCAGAGCCACGUUCUGCUGUGUUCUGCCAGCAGGAGGAACCUUCACCCACAUGGACCUGGUGGGUUAUAACCGCUCUGAUGGGAACAUCACACAGAUCAACAACCAGACGUAUUCACUGACCCUCGUCCUGAACCAGCCGUCCAGCCCCAGCGGCACUGACGUCAUAUGUGAAGCAACAAUCCAACACCGGCAAACAGACAAUGGAGCGACUGCUUUUAUCGGCUACCCUCCUGAUGAUAAAGAGCUUCAGUGUGAAACCAGAGAUCUGAAGUCGGUGGAAUGUCACUGGACGGUGGGACGAGACACACACCUGCUGAGACCCACAGGAUACCAGCUGGUUGGAAGUGCGUAUAAGUGUCGCCCGGGGACAUGCUGGGGUGAAGAGGACGUGUCCACUGGGGAGAGGAGCUGGAAGCUCAGAGCUCACAACGAGCUGGGGACGGUGGAACUGACGGACACAGCAGACCUGAUGACAAGAGUUCACAUGUGGGCUCCAGAGUCAGUGACAGCUUGGACUGUGAAUCCCAGAGACGUCAGUCUGAAGUGGAGCUGGAAGGUUCAAGGCUACAAAGAUCUGAACAUCACGUGUGAGGUGAACCUCAGUCACGCUGGAACUCAGAAACCAAACUCUGGAGUCGGUCUUGAUUUCGCAGUUUUGAUGAACCUGAUUCCAAACUGGUCGUACAACGUGACCGUUCGAUGUCGAACAACACAACAUUUUUGGAAAUGGAGCAACUGGAGCUCGACAUUCAACUUCCGCACUAAGGGAGAUGUUCCAGACGCUCUUGACGUGUGGAUGAAGAUGAAGGACAAUGAGAUUUCAAUUAUCUGGAAAAUUCUGCUGGAGAAGCAGAGUCAUGGACACGUGUUGGACUACACAGUGACCUGGUCAAAGAUCAAAGGGACAGAACAACACAACACAACCACAGUGACUCACAACCACUUCCCACUCAGGCUGGACACAACCCAACAGUACGUUGUCAACGUUACAGCUCGGAAUGUAAACGGCAGCUCGUCCCCAUCGACCAUCAUCACCCCAUCAUCAUCCUCUGCUGGACUGAACUCGAGCAGAGUGAAAGCGUCUCGGAUGGCGGGCGGCGGCGGCGGCUUCAACCUGUCCUGGUCCUCCAGUCCGGCAGCGAGCUGCGGCUACAUCGUGGACUGGCGUCCGUCCUCGGAUCACUCCAUGGUGACGUGGAUCAAAGUUCCACAAACCAACGUCUUUUUGAAAAACUUGAGAGAAGGACAGAGAUACUCGAUGUCCAUAUCCGCCUGCACCCGAGGAGCUGCGCUGCUGCUGGAGACCAGAGAGGGCUACGUCCAGGAGCAGCGGAUACAAGGCGACCUCUUUAAAGCUUUGAAAUGGAAACAGAAGGGUUCCGAUGUUGAGGUGUCCUGGGAUCGGAUAUCUCUAAAAGAGCAGACAGCUUUCAUCCAAGGCUACGUCCUGGAGUGGUCCGACACGGACGGGCAGGACAACAAUGUGAGCACAGACGAGCCGACGUCCACCAGCCUCACGGCCUCGGACCUGAAGACCAGCUCGUACACGUUCACAGUGACGGCUCGGACUGCACUCGGAGGAUGUUGCUCCGAACACUUAACCGUACACGUCAAUCCACGGACUGAUACCUUGAUCAGGACCGUGGUCAUUUCCCUGGUCGCUGUGUUCAGUCUCCUCACGCUCGUCAGUGUGGUCUGCUACAGACAAUGGGCCUGCAUCAAACAGAAGGUGUACCCCCCCAUCCCGAGGCCCCAGCUGACGGACACGUGGCUCAAAUCAACAGGUGAACACCGGCUUCACGUGGAUCCGGGUCCCAGUGAGGUGGACAUCGCCCCCCCGCUGCUGUGUAAACCAGGAGUGCAGGUCAACCAGCCUCCACCGAACCUCACCCCCCCCCCGAGGUCAGGUUUACCCUCCUCGCUGUUCAGAGGAGCUUUUCAGAACCUGUCCUACGACCUGAUGAUGCAGACUGAGGACCAGCAGCCUCCGACCCCCCCCCUCCACCUGGCACAAGAGCAGCCAGGGAGUCACAUGACCUGUGACUUGACUUACAUUCUAGUGCCACAGCCAACAUCUCAUGAACAUUUGACAAAUAUCAGUGACACAGAAACGAGCUAAACAAACCUUUCAAAAUCCACCAGCUGUUCGACUCGGAGUGAAACUUAGAGUCAGUCCCUCUCACAAGAGUUUAGUUCUUCUUCAACCGGAGGAGAAGGAGAAUGAAAUGAUGUCAAAGACGAGUAUUACAAAGAUAAAUACAUUUAUUUAAACAGCACUUUUCAGAAAAAUUCACAAAGUGGUUUUCAACAGAAUUACAACAAUAAAAACUAGAAAUGAGGCAGAAAUAUUAGACUUAUAUUCAUCUAGUGUCUAUUUAAUGUAAAAUAAUCUGGGAUCCCUGAGAGAAUCAGAAUCCAACACAACGAUGAUGCUUCGAUACUUGUGGGAGGAGCUGGAGCCAAACCCAGCUUUCAUUGGCCGAGAGGCGGGUUCACAUUCCUCCGUCAGUCCAUUACAUCCGGUUGAUUUAAAAUCAAGAUCCACCAGAAAAACAAACUACACAUGAUUCAUGGAGGUUAGAGGGUUUUUCAUGAACUUUUACAAAUAUGUUCUAAAACAUUAAAAACAAAGAAACUCUGCUCCGCUUAUCUUAUCGAACAUAUCAAUCCUGAUCCUGAUUAAAAUCCUG